UUAGAGCCUCGGCUCUAUAUAAAAUUUUCCCUAUUAUUAAUGUUUGCCGUUCAAAAAAUGAAUAAAUAAAUGCACAUGACAAUGCAGAAAUAUGGUCUGGUGGCUCUUCAAUGGCAUUAAUAGUAGGGUGCGGUUUGGCUCUUCAAUGGCAUUAAUAGUAGGGUGCGGUUUGCAUACGGACGCAUCUGUAGGUGUAGAGGUAAAGAGUCCAAGCAAAGAUAAGAUUUAAUUUUUUUUUAAAAAGGCGUAUGGUGGAGGUGAUGACGAAGAUGUUGAGGAUGGAGAUGGAGCUACUAUGGUCACUAUCAGGUAUGAUAUGUCAGGAGGACUUCUAUCAGGUGCGAAGUCUAUCAGGUGCAAAGUUCUUAGUGGUGGGUUCUUUUUCUCCCUCAUCAACUGAUAUUUUUGGCCUUUCUGAUUGGGCUAAAAGGAGUUGGAGUCUGUGUUAUGCUCAGAAAGUUAAAAUUAUAGGGGAGAAUAAAAUCAUCUUGUUUCUUCGAACAAGUUAUUGUCCUUGAUCUUUGGAAACCAGAUUCCCAUCUCUCUUAUUUGUGAAAAGAAAGUAUUUGGAUUAGGUUGUCAGGCAUUUCCUUUCAUGCUCAGUCGUUGUAAACUGGCCAACAAUUGUGGGGAGUUCUGUGAUAUUGAUAGGAUGGCUUUUGAUGGGGUCAAUUUGCGAUAUGUUAGGAUACGUAUCUGGAAAUUGGGUGGGGCCCUCAUUCCAAAGAAUCUGACUCUACAAGUGGGUCAAGAAUUUUUUUCUAUAGCAGUAGUGCAAGAAACAAAGGACAGAAAUAGUAACCUUCUUGGUUUACAGAAGGUUACUAAUGAUGUAGUGGAAAAAAAUGGAUGGCAGGAGGUGGUUCGACGUUGUAGACCUCCGCCGGUCAAGGCGAAUUCCGGCCACUUGCAGCGGGAUGGUUCCCGGAUUUUCAGAACAGGGAAGAGGGAGUUACGAAAUUUGAAAAUCCGCAAGCGUUGGAUUCCAGUUGGUCGUUUUGCCAAUUGCCCGAUGGUUUCUUCGUCGAGCGUUACUGAUCGCGCCGAUGGACCACGCGAGGUCAGUGCGGGACCAUCAGAGGUAAAACACUGUAAUAGCAAUUAAAUGGAAGGAUUUCCUCGAUGGCAGGGAGUUGAGGCACAGAUUGUGGGAGUCAUGUUGACAGCGAAUGGUCGCCUCGUGUUGCUGCAUGAUUAUUUGCAGGCAUGUAUGAAGGUUGGUGAUGUCUUCCCUUUGCUUGAGCUGAAGGCGGUGGAAAGAAAGGCCCUUGCCCUUUUGCUCGCAGGGUUAAAGGAGGUGGAUAGAACCUCUAUUAAGGCCCUUGCCAUUCUGCUCGCAAGUUAUCGUUUUCGGUCGACGGUUGCGCUUCAAGUGGCGCUCGCUAUUCUUGUUGUCAUGUAUUCUCAGUGGCACCGACGAGCAGCUAGGAAGAACCGUGUGCGCCAAAGGCCGGCUUUUGAUCCGUUGAUUAUGAACUCGAUGGCAUUGGUGGUGGUAGAUGAGGAUGGGAAGCCCAUUGCAAUGGUGGAAGAGGAGGUGUUGGGAAACUCUUCGAUUGCUUUAUUAGAGGAAGGAUUAUCGGUGCAAGAGAAGAAGCGUGAUGAAGAUGAAGUGGUUGCCCCCCAUUCUGUGGUUCAUGAGGACCGGCCGUUGCUCCUUCACCUGACAAAGGUGCAAUCUGGGGAAGCAACUCAGGUCUCUUCUGAAUUGUUGACUCAGAUUGAUCACUCUAUGGCUACAAAUGGGGCUUGCGAUAAUCAUUCUCAGAGUGAUCAGGUGGAUGCCAUUUUGGGCUCGAUAGUGCUCGACAGUGGAAUGGAUUUUGAUCUGCCAAUCAGGGUGGUCUUUAAAGAAAUAGUUGAAAAAAUCAGGGCCAAAAAAUCUGGAUUAUCUGAUGCUAGGAAGAAGAAAUUUGAAUUGGAGAAGAGUGAUGGAGACGAUAGGGAGGUGACCCCCGAUAAGGAUGUGGAAAAUAAGAAAAAGAAAGGCAAGAGCCCAAUGAAGGGUACUAGAUCGUCUACUCGGCUGAUGGCUCGUGGGCAGAGACCUGGUGCUGCUGCUGGUAUUGUUAUUCGAGACAAAAAAGUAAUUGGAGGUCCCUCUUCAUCAUCUUUUAUGGAGAAUGCUUUUGAUGAGACGAUGGAGGAGGCUUGGAUGAUGGAAGAGGUCUAUUUUGGGUCCAGGGAUGAUGGUUCAGGUUCUUCCCUUCCUAAGUUUCCUUAAUGCUUUUGCUUUCUUGGAAUGUGAGAGGUCUAGGUGACCUCAGACGAAGAAAAGACAUUCAGUUUAUUGUUAAUAAAUAUAAACCUAUUGCUCUUAUUUUGUAAGAAACCAAACUCCCCAGCCCUAGUCUUUCAGGGGUGGGGGAAGUCUGGGGCCUUGGAGCAGUAGAUUUUGUAGGUAUUGAUUCAGUAGGUCAGUCUAGUGGUAUUUGGAUUUUGUAGUACCCUUCUAUUCUGCUUUCUUUUUGUGUUGUUAAAAAAGACUAUUUUAUACUUGUGGGUUUUGUGGGUCCUGAAGCUGAUU